UUUUGCUGUUCGCGUUUAACGAUCGGGGAGCAGUUAAGCUCCUUUAGUUUUAAAAAUGAUAGAUUUACGUGAUCCAAAUACAACCAGUAGUCCUAUACGUGAUAGCAGACAAAAGGAUAAUAUUAUCUCUUCUUUUGGAAGCCAACCACAUUUAUCAUCUCUUAGUCCAUAUUUAAAUUAUGAUCCAGUAUAUUUUCCUCCAAGUCAGCCAGAAUUCAUAUUCCCAGAAGGAGCCGUUAAACAGAGAGGUCGCUUUGAAUUAGCUUUCAGUCAAAUUGGUGCAGCUUGUAUAGCUGGAGCUGGAAUUGGUGGUGCAACAGGAUUUUAUAAAGGUUUAAAAGCAACAACACUUGCAGGACAAACUGGAAAACUUAGGAGAACACAAAUGAUAAAUCAUGUUAUGAAACAUGGCUCAUCACUGGCUAAUACAUUUGGAGUUGUAACAGUGAUGUACAGUGGUUUUGGUGUUUUGUUUUCAUGGGCUAGGGGGACAGACGAUUCUAUAAACACAUUAGCAGCAGCUUCAGCCACAGGGAUGCUUUUUAAGUCUACAGCUGGUCUGAAACGAUGUGUAAUAGGCGGAGGCAUUGGCUUUGGAAUUGCAGCUGCAAUCUGUUUAUGGAACAGUAGGGAAGCCUUUUCUGACAUUAUGCAUCAUCGCAUGAAUCCGGCGUAAGGCUGGGUGUGUGCCAGUCUUUUUCUUAGCCAACCCUAUCCUUUAUGAGUGUUCUUACUCCAUUUCCCAAAGUAGUAUUCUUUUUCAUUACUUAUGUACGAAAAAUGCUAACUGUACAAGCCUUAUUCAGCAUUUUUACAUGUUUUGUUUAAAAUCAUGUUAAGUUUAUAUUGAAGUCUGCUGUUUCAUUAUAUUUUGUCAACUUUUUUAUGUUGUUUGUUAAUAAAAUCUUAUUUUAGAGAUUUACAUCAAGUAAUCUUAUUCAAUAUGGUAAAACCAACACUAAUAUUAAUAAUUGGAGUAGGAGCAUUCAUAAAUAAUCCCAAAAUGGAGCCAGUUUAUUAAUAGAUAUGAAAUCGAAAAUUGUUUUGAAAUACUUUUAUUUAGCUAAAAUACCUACAAAAUUGAUUGAAAGGUUGGCAUGAUUGUCCUCUAUAAGUAUGUAAAACCGGACUACAUUAGUAUUCAGCAUACUGAACAAGAAUUAAAAAUUUCAUUAUAUUUAUUAAAUAGUUUUAGUUUGUUUUAAAUUUAAUGUGAUGCUCAGCAAUUUGAUAGUGAAAGUAAAAGUUGAUCUGUAAAACUAAACGAUAUUGGCAAAAACUUUCUUCUUACCAAAUUGUAAAUUUAUUUACUUAAUUGAUACACAUAUAUUGUUAAGAACAAACCCUGUAUAUAUAUUUUAUAUGCAAAAUUGCUUGGCCAUUGAAAAUAAUAAUUAUUUAGUUCUACUUAAUUGAGGAACAGUUUUACCGAAAAUUCUAGAACAAUGAAAAUUGGCUCCUUGUAUACAUCAAUUCACCAUCCUUAUAAAACGUAACUCAUUUCUCCAUAAUGCACCUGUUCAGCUAAUGAGUUUGAAAUCGUUUAUAAAUUUUUAUUGUCAUUAUAGUAAAUAGAACUUUUUUCCCCAACUAAAAAGCUACAAAUAUUAAAAAUGCUACAAUGAGUCUUAUUCAAUAAUACAAAUGCAUUAAAAAGUGUUUUUUUUCACUGUUUGAAUUGCAGAUUUAACUGACAAUUCAUCAUCUGUGACUUCUAGUUAUUACCGGUGAAGUUCCCUUCCAAUUUUUGUACGUAAUUGAAAAUGACGAAUUGUAAGUCGAACGAGACAUUGCACGAAUAAAGAAAUUAGCAUUCGAUUAAAAAACUAUAGACGAUUCCGAUUGUUGAAUUAUAAGAGGAUAUUUGUAUAUAGUAAAACGAAAAAUGUAGGAUGUAAAGUUUAAAGAGAUGUAAAGAUUUUAACCUUUCUGUGUGGAUACACGUAUGUUACAAUAAAUUAAUUAGUGAGAAUUGAACAACUGCGAACUCGAGCUAAUAGCGAAAACAUUGUACAUUAAAAUAUGCAUAAUAAAUUGACAUUUGGUUU